UCAAAGCGGGUCAUAGAAAGAGUGAGGGAGGGGAAAGCGUCGCACGCCGCGCUGGCCCUAGCCGUAGAAAACUAUUUCAAAUCCCAUAUGUGUUUUUGUAGGUGGGGGAAUGUUGUUACAGGAUAACUGCCUUUGUAUGUCUUUUUACCAUUUUAACAAGCUAAACCAUGAUACAUGAGUUUUUGAGCCUCGAGAAUUACAGCGCCUUCUUUUAGGGUUUUCUUAGUGAAUGUAUUGGUCAGGGAAGUGUUGUUGGACAGCACUAUUGUGGGCUAGACGACUUUCCUCAGCCCCCUUCUCUAGAGCGCUGGCUAACAUUAGCAGGAUAGCCGCUGCCUCCUCUGUACUCCUGUAGAACAAGAGAAAAACUGGUUGGGAGACAUGGCGGAGACUAAAAUCAUUUAUCACAUUGACGAAGAGGAGACGCCGUACUUGGUGAAGAUUCCCAUUGCGGCUGAGGAAAUCACUCUGCUGGAUUUUAAACUAGUCUUGAACAAGCCGAACUACAAAUUCUUUUUCAAGUCAAUGGACCAGGACUUCGGGGUGGUAAAGGAGGAGAUCUCUGAUGACAGUGCCAAGCUGCCCUGCUUUAAUGGAAGGGUUGUGUCCUGGUUGGUGUUCUCAGAUACCCCUGCAGCAGAGCCUCCAGCCCCUCCUGUGGAGGUCCAGCCUCAGCUCUCACCUCCCCCUCCUCCCCUAACUCCCCCUCCACCUGAGCGGACAGGGGGCAUCGGAGACUCCAGACCCCCCUCUUUCCAUCCCAACACUGCAGGCAGUCUGGAGAGCCUAGAUGAUCAAACAGAGACAGAGUCAGUUGUGUCUUUCAGAAAAGAAAGACCUCGGCCCAAAGAGAGCUUAGAGAAACAUGGUCUACAUAUGAAUGGUCAGUCCCAUUUGGAAAGACACCUGAAAGGAUAUGAAAGUGCAACCACAGUGAUGAGCAGUGAAUUGGAGACCACCAGCUUCUGUGAUUCAGAUGAUGACGAUACAAUGAGCAGGUUCAGUAGCUCUACUGAGCAGACCACAACUUCUAGAUUGCUUAAACGGCAUCGCAGACGCAGGAAACAGCGCCCCCGGCUGGAGAGGGCUUCCUCUUUCAGCAGUGUAACCGAUUCAACCAUGUCCCUAAACAUUUUUACAAUCACUCUUAACAUGGAGAAGUAUAAUUUCUUGGGCAUCAGUAUAGUGGGUCAGAGUAAUGAGAGGGGAGAUGGAGGUAUCUACAUCGGCUCUAUCAUGAAGGGUGGAGCUGUGGCUGCUGACGGUCGGAUUGAACCUGGAGACAUGCUCCUGCAGGUCAAUGACAUCAACUUUGAAAACAUGAGUAAUGAUGAUGCAGUCAGGGUUCUACGUGAGAUUGUGCACAAGCCAGGACCCAUCACCCUGACAGUAGCAAAAUGUUGGGACCCCUCUCCUCAAGGAUAUUUCACUCUGCCAACCAAUGAGCCAAUCCGACCUAUUGACCCUGCUUCGUGGGUCAGCCAUUCUGCAGCCCUGACGGGGGCGUAUCUGUCCUACCCUAGCAGCACAAUCACCUCAAGUUCAUCUGUCACCGAAACUGAACGCUUUGACGACUUCAGUCUGUCUCUGCGCUCUGAUAUGGUAUCGGUUGCCAAGGCCAUGGCUACUCCAGAAUCAGGCUUGGAGGUCAGAGACAGAAUGUGGCUGAAGAUCACCAUUCCCAACGCUUUCCUGGGUUCUGAUGUGGUUGAGUGGUUAUACCAUCACAUUGAUGGGUUUCAGGAUAGACGAGAAGCUCGUAAAUAUGCCAGUAACCUACUGAAGGCCGGUUUCAUCCGUCACACCGUUAACAAGAUCACCUUCUCCGAACAGUGUUAUUACAUAUUUGGAGAUUUUAGCAAUUGUGAAAAUUAUAUGGCCAAUCUAUCUCUUAAUGACAAUGAUGGCUCCAGUGGUGCUUCAGACCAGGAUACAUUGAGUCCUCUUCCGCUGCCAGGGGCGACGCCAUGGCCCCUGCUUCACUCAUUCCCGUACCAGUAUCCUCACCCUUACUCCACUCAACCACCUCCCUACCACGAGCUCUCCAACUACAGCUAUGUCCCAGGCAGUGCAGGCAGCCAGCACAGUGAUGGUAGUCACAGCAGUGGCUCCACAUGCAGUGAUGGGGACAGGAGAAGAGGCAGCAAGAGUGUAGCUGGGAGUAUAGCCGACUGCAGCAUACAUGAUGACAAAUCUCCUGGCGGGGGUGGGGCCGACUCGCGUUCUGGAAGCGGAAGUGAAUCAGAUUACUCUGUUCGCAGCAGUCUGAGAUGGGACCGCGGCUCAGCCACAGCCAGUGAACAUAGCCGCUCAAGUCAACGCUCACGUCAUCGCCCCCCACCCGCUCACCUUGCCCCAUAUCCUGCCGGAAUCCCAAUUCCUUACAACCCAAUGAUGGUAAUUAUGGUGCCUCAGCAUCCACACCCACAUUUAGCACUUGGAUCCCCACUCCCACAAACCCCGACUUUGCCUCACCAUCCUGUUUUGCCACCCUCCAUCACAUCUGGGGGGCCACCUGGAGCUCCACCAACCCGUGACCUGGGCUCAGUCCCCCCUGAGCUCACUGCAUCCCGACAGUCUUUUCACUUAGCCAUGGGAAACCCCAGCGAGUUUUUUGUGGAUGUUAUGUGAUUAAGGGGAAGGAAAUCAUUUGUAUAAGUUGAUUUAUGUGUGAAUGAGUGCAUGUUGAAAGAUUUGAAAUCAUGUGAUAACUGUGAAUUUUACUAUGUGCCUGGCAGUAAAUGUAGUUUACUGUAUAAGUGUAGCUCUCUCUCAAGUUCUUGUCUAUACCGGUAGGAACAGGGUUUAUGUAUACAGAUGGAACAUUAAUGGUAGCACAAUCCAUUUUGUCUCUGUGGUAUUAAAUGCAACAAAAGAAUUGUCUUAUUUGUUUCUUUAAAUAUUUGACAAGUUACGCUGGAAGGCCUUUGAUUAUACUCUCCGAGGGUCCUCAGAAUAUUCCUACAGGGAAAAUCAGGUUUGCUCGAUGCCAAAUUAAAGAAAGUUCUAGUUCCAGUCAGGUAAUUUAACAUCUUUGUCUUUAAUUACAGUAUUGCCAAGUCUGGCCAAAGGUACUGCAUUCACACCCUUUAAAAGACCAACAAGGAAGUAUUUCAACCAAAAUAAAAAAGUCUUGACUUUC